AUGCCAGUAUACAAGGAAGAGCCUGCUGUCCUGGUCAGGGCUAUCAACUCCGUUGUGGAUUCCGACUAUCCAACUUCCUGUAUCCACGUUUUCUUGUCGUACGACGGUGGUCUUAUAGAUGAAUCCUACCUCCAGGUUAUUCACCACCUUGGCGUCCCUAUAUCUCUCAGGAACUAUCCUCAAAGCAUCGACGUGGCAUACAAAGGUGCCCGAGUCACGGUCUCUCGGUUCAAGCACGGAGGGAAACGAUAUUGUCAAAAGCAGACGUUCCAGCUGAUAGACCGAGUGUAUGCAGAAUAUCUCAAGCGCCAUGACGACCUUUUUGUCUUAUUCAUUGACUCGGACUGCGUCCUCGACCGGCUCUGUCUGCAGAAUUUCAUGUACGAUAUGGAACUCAAACCAGGCAGCAAGCAUAACUUGCUCGCGAUGACAGGUAUAAUCACAACAACGACGGAGAAGAAUUCCCUGAUUACGCUUUUGCAGGACAUGGAGUACAUCCAUGGGCAGCUUUUAGAGCGCUCUGUUGAAUCGGGGUGUGGAGCUGUAACCUGUCUUCCAGGGGCCCUGACGAUUCUCCGGUUCUCUGCCUUCCGCAAGAUGGCCAAGUAUUACUUUGCAGACAAAGCUGAGCAAUGUGAAGAUCUCUUCGACUUUGGCAAGUGCCACUUGGGAGAAGACCGUUGGCUUACACACCUGUUCAUGAUCGGGGCCAGAAAAGCUUACCAGAUUCAAAUGUGCACAAGUGCAUUCUGCAAGACUGAAGCCGUACAGACCUUCAGUGGCCUGCUGAAGCAACGGCGACGGUGGUUCCUUGGCUUCGUUACCAACGAAGCUUGCAUGCUCACGGACAUCAGGCUCUGGAAGCGCUAUCCACUCUUGUGCCUUGUUAGGCUCAUGCAAGAUACAAUUCGUGCUACGGCAUUGCUCUUUCUGGUCCUAGCAAUCUCGAUCAUCACUACGUCGAAGAGGAUCCAGGACCUCCCAGUGGGAUUCAUUGUUGUAUCUCUUGGGUUGAAUUAUCUGCUCAUGUUCUACUUUGGGGCAAAGCUCCGGCGAUUUAAAGCAUGGCUUUAUCCGUUAUUGUUCAUCCUCAACCCGUUCUUCAAUUGGCUCUAUACUGUCUAUGGAGUUCUCACGGCAGGCCAACGGACUUGGGGAGGGCCUAGAGCAGACGCUGCAGAAGCGGAUGAAAUAACCACUCCCGAAGAAGCAGUCGAACAGGCUCGAGCCCAAGGUGACGAGCUCAAUGUGAACGUCGACACAUUCAGAGGAUGGGCCGACGGAGGCGAAUCCGUCCCGGUUCAACCGUGCGAUACUGUCGAGGGGCGCUUUUCUCCGGCAGAGCAGCUUGAGGAUGGCGAGUACAUCAAUCGAAACGUCUCUGCGACCAGUCUAUCCCAGCCGGCGCCUUCCACCCACGAGAUGACUCGGUUCCCACUCCACUCAUGUUACUCUGUAGAAUCUUCGAUAACGGACUGGAACUCUACUUCAACGCCAUCAAACGAAUGGGGCUUUGUGAAUGAGGAACAUCGGGCGAGGGGCUACACUGCUCUCCAUCUAGGAACAACACUGAACUCUGGAGACCAUACGAAUGCCUCCAGCGAUACUGGAAGCGCAGAACGCGCGCCAUUUUUGGAGAAGGAUGACAGCCAAGAGCCAAUGGAGCAUGGAUCGGGUUGCGAACUCAACAAGGGGCAAACCGAAAACGUUACUAAUCCUGAUGCCAUCCACCUUCGUCCGGACCAGUUGCGCAGUGUGCAGAGCGCACCAGAAAUGAUAAGAACGCCCGAGAGACCAUUUCGAAUGUUUUCGAGCCAGCGGAGGGCCCGGGAGACGCUAAGGAGAAAGUUCCAGAAGCAUUUCAAAAGGACCAGUGACCCGGGAGAGCUGGUCUGAUCGAGGCCAUAACAGUCUGGGGUUUGGGAAUGGCGGAGGAAUAUGAGAGUCCUUGUCUUUUUCUUGUUGGAUUAGGGAUGAGAAAGAUACCUAGGUAGACGGCUGAGGGAUCACAAGC